AUGUUUCGGCGCGAGUACUGGGCACUGGCGCCCGUCAACCCGGCCAGCAUGAAGACACGGCUCAUCCGCAGCGUGUUGUCCGAUGGUGAUGGCGAGAAGUCUUCGCUUUCGUUCUCCUGUCUGGUCAUGCUCAGCCUCGCCAACUUCUUUGCCGAGAACUGGGACUACGCGAUGGAGCUGUUUUACAAGGCACGGCGGCACCUGGAGGCGGUGUUCGACCAGACGGACUUCGACGUCGCCUGCGCAAUAUCGCCUUUUGCUUGGUUCUCCCGCUUUUACUCCGACAGCUUGCUCGAGGGACGUGAGACCGUGCUCUACUACGCUACUCUGGGAGCAACCAUAUGUCAGCAGCUCAACGCCUGCAACGACUUUGCCUACUUUAACCUGGCCAGCCUCAUGUGCGCGGCAAAGGAGGCGGGAGAGGAGGAAGAAUCGGUCCUUGUGGCUAAGGCCAAGCAGCAGCCGCCUUAUCGACGCAAUUGGAAGCCCUUCAAGCAGGCGAUGCGGCCGCUCAGGCCGACCACAGCCACGGUACACGGUGAACUGAUUCAAAUCGAUCGGCUCAUGUACCACAGCGUGUCUUGCCUGCAGAACCGGCAAGUGAGUCUGCAAGAGCGGCUCCAGAUCUUCGACAAGCUGCGGGAGCAGCUGGACGCCGUUGCCUGCCUCGAAGCGCUCAUCGAGGGUGCUCGCAAGACCGAGCCUCUGCCUAUCACCACGACCUAUGACAUGCAGACGUGUCUGUUGUCCGGUCAGCGGGCGCUCAUUCUGUCGAUCCUCGAGGCGCCGGAGAGGCUCAAUGCCGCCGAGCGCUUCGUCCUUGACCUUGUCCGCGUCCCCAGGAGUGCCAUGCUCGUUGCUCUGCGCAGUCGACCGAGCAACGACGUCCUCUUGUCCAACGCGGUACGCAAACAGAUUCCUUUCUACUCGCUGCCGCAUCGCCGUCGGUUUCAUCUCACCGUCAAUGCGGCUCGUGCGGGGUUCGAUCCUACUCUGCGUAUCAACAGUUCAAAGUGCUGA